UAAGUAUUCGAUUGCAAGCGUAGAAAAUUCAAAAUUUCAUUCGGUUCGUAAAGAACUUUUCGUAAUGCAUCAAUAUUUAGUGAUUCUACUUCUAAAAUCAUUUAUUUGUGAAAAUAUUGCUGACGUAGGAACUAUUGAAUCAAGCAAUUAUCAGAUAAGAAACGUAAAAAGUGUCGAAUACAAACGGACAUCUAAAGGUAUGCAACUAGUGAUACAAAGAAGAAUCUACAAAUUUCACGUGCAAAAAGACAAGUCAAAUUUCCUGGAAACGACUAAAUUAUUUAUCUAUGGAGAAGAGAAAGUUGAAAUAUUGACUUUCUCUAACAUACCCGGAUCGUACUUAUAUGAAGGAAGUUUAGAGGGACGAAGCGCAUCAUUAAUUUUAGGAUAUUAUUUCGAAAAUAUGUUUAUAGGAAUCUUUAAGCAUGGACAUAAAACAUUUUACAUAGAGCCAAGAAACGAAUAUUCCUAUGAUAAGAAUGAUAGAAGCGGAGUUAUGUAUGACGUCAAAGAUGUGGUACUAAAACCAUUUUAUCCAGAUGGAAAAGUGAUAUGUGAGGCAAUGGAAGCUGAAAGCUUCCUGAAAAUAAAAUCUUUCGAAGAAGAUAAACAUUUUGAUUCCAAAAUGCAACAUUAUAAUGUUUUAACCGACAACAAAUUACGAAUAAGAAAUAUCACAGUUUAUGAAAGGUUUCCUGCUCUUUUGGUAGCCAUACUUAAGAUCGAACACGCAAUAUAG